UCUACGGGUUCUUCUGGCUUCCACUGCACCAAUCAGCUUGAUCCCGGUAGUCCAGAACAUUGAUCAAAACUUUUACGGGCAAAAUCGAGCUUUGGGAAAAUUACAGCGAAUCUGCAAAACGUGCGGAGCUGUUAGUGGAUGUGGACUCCGGAUUCACAACAUUAGCUCGCUCGUUCAAAAACAUCUGGAAAGAGAUCCUCGACAGACUUUGUACGGAGAACAUCUGACCCAGCCGAUAACGUUGAAUUAGGAUUUGAUCAGGUGAUAAAGAUGGCGAUGGAGCCCGUGAUAAAGAUGGAGAUGGAGCCCAGAAACGCAGAAAAUGAAAACCUGAAUGAAGAAAGGAACAAGGAAGCAUCUCAAUGUUGCUCAUGGUGUCACAAGCUUCACACAACUGUGUCAAAAUGGAUGCUUCCAGAAGAAAUCAGGAGUCGCUAUAUGGAAAGAGCAAAUUGCCUCCCUCCACCACUCUUCAUUGUCUCCAUAAGUUUGGCUGAGCUGGCUGUUUUUAUUUAUUAUGCAGUCUGGAUGCCUCAGAAACAGUGGAUUACCCUCGAUACAGGGAUUAUGGAAAGUCCUUUCAUUUAUAAGCCUGAGAAGAGGCAUGAAGCCUGGAGAUUUGUUUCAUACAUGCUGGUUCAUGCUGGUGUCCAGCACUUGAUAGGGAACCUUCUCAUGCAGCUUAUUCUGGGAAUCCCUCUGGAGUUGAUUCACAAAGGCCACCGAGUUGGCCUAGUGUACAUCGCGGGUGUGAUUGGAGGCUCAUUGGCGAGCUCAAUAUUUGACCCCAAUCUCAGUCUGGUUGGAGCAUCAGGUGGAGGCUAUGCUCUGAUGGGAGGCUACUUCAUGAAUGUUGUAGUGAAUUUUAAACAAAUGUUGCCAGUCUUUGGUGUUUUCAGAUUGGCCUUUAUUUUGAUAAUAGUGGGCACUGAUGUGGGCUUUGCUCUGUACAGAAGGUUUUUUGUUGAAGGAAGUGGUUUACGUGUGUCCUUUGUGGCUCACAUUGCAGGCGGUUUAGCUGGAAUGACAAUUGGCUAUGUGGUUUUCAGCUGCUAUGACCAGAAACUCUUGAAGGAUCCCAGAUUUUGGGCUUCGAUUUUGGCCUAUGUUGCCUGUGUCGUAUUUGCCAUCAUAUUCAACAUCUUCCUAUCUCCUGCUUCUUAAGUAAUGAGGGGAGAGGAGUCAUAUGUUCUUACAGUUCCUGUAAAAUAUACAUUAACACUGACAGUUUAUUAACAACAUGAAUACAGAGAAGCACAGUUGGAACAAUCAUUUUGUAUGACACCGUACAAGACCAGUGACUUAAUAUUAAUCCUUGCCAUGAGCAUAAUUUGUUAUAAUUUUUGUUGCUCACCUUAUCGUGGAAUAGAGAAAGAAGAACAUAUGAAAAACAAAGCUGUUUCUGGACAAUUUUAUGGUGCUGAAUUUAUGUUUAGAUUUUUUUGUAAUAGGAAGAACAACUGUUACUGUUUUUUUCUGAAAUUGCAAACCGUAGCGUACUAAAAUAAUCACAUGAGCAACUAACUGAAUUUUGCACCUGCAGUGGCUUGUUGGAAUUAUCUGCAUACGUAUAUAGAAUUUGGCUACAUUCAGAUUCAGAAACAUGUCUCAUUUUCAGUACAAUAGCAUCUUUAAACCUUUGUUGCAGGACUUCCCAUACCAUCAUUGACUUCCAGCCACUUUCCUUGUUUCUCUACAAAUUGUUUAAAAUGUAUUACUGUACAUACUUUGUCCUUUCUAUAUCUAAGUUUUGUUUACUAUUAUUUUACUCUAAUUGGAGAAUCUCUUGUAAGACUGUAGUGGCGUAGUUAUCAGCCAUUGCUUCUAUGACAUCUUAGUCAGAACCCCUGGCAUCAGCCUCUGUCCUCAUGGUAUCAGCAGUUCGUUUGGGUGAAGAAUGAGUGGGUUAACAUAUGAUGAGCAUUUGAUGGCACUGGGUCUGUACUCGCUGGAGUUUAGAAGGAUGAGGAGAGACCGCAUUGAAACUUACCGAAUAGUGAAAGGCUUGGUUAGUUGGAUGUGGAGAUGAUGUUUCCACUAGUCGGAGAGUCUAGGACUAGCGAUCAUAGCAGCAGAAUUAAAGGACGUUCCUUUGGUAAGGUGAUGAGGAGGAAUUUCUUUAGUCAGAGAGUGGUGAAUCUGUGGAAUUCUUUGCCACAGAAGGCUGUGGAGGUCAAGCCAAUGGAUAUUUUUAAGGCAGAGAUAGAUAGAUUCGUGAUUAGUAUGGGUGUCAAAGGUUAUGGGGAGAAGGCAGGAGAAUGGGGUUAGGAGGAAGAGAUAGAUCAGCCAUGAUUGAAUGGUAUAGACGAUGGGCUAAUUCUUCUCCUAUCACAUAACCCUAAGACUUUAAGAUAGAUUUAUCACCUUGAAGAGCCAUUUUACUUUGCUUUCCAUCCACAUAGAGGUAUUUUGUGUUCCUAUAUAAAUUGAAUGAUGUGGUUGGGAGAUACAUUCAUGUUGCUUGGUAACAUAAGGUGGCACAUGAAAAGUAUAAAUAAUUUAGGAAAUAUUACCCUUUUUACCCAGGUGAUUUGUUCUCAACAUUGGCAUUAACCUAUUUUAAAUAAUGAGCUAUUACUGAUGUUGAAAUAAUGGCAAACGAAAGAUCAAAGCUAAUGGUCAUUUGCUGUGAUUCAUUUUGAUUUUAGACUGGUACUAGAAUGAACUAGCAAAGAAGGAUAUGGAAUUAAUCCAGGCAUGUGGCAUUAGUACAGAUAGGCAUGGUGUUGGGUCAAAAGACUCGACUCUAUGCUGUACGACUCGACAGUUCUAUUUUGGAUUGCAUUGGUACAUAUGGACAGCAUGACUGUCACUGAAAAACAAAGAACAUCUGGAAUUGAAGUAAAAACCCGGCCUCAUGGCCCCCUUGCACCCGCUCUGCUUUUCAUUAAGACCAUCCUUGCUGUAAUCCUAACUUUAAUUUCAUUUUCUUGCCUAAAUCUCAUAACCCUUAAUUUCCAAGUUAUUCAAAUGUUUGCUCAAUUGCCCAAGAAAGUCUUACAUAUUCCAAUGCAAUGGUUCUUUAGAGCAUUGGUCUUACAUAUAUGAUUGCUAAAGUUACAUGGAAAUCAUAAUUUAAGACAAUAAUGUUUUUGAGUCCAUAAUAACCUUCACAUGACAUGUGACUGACUUAUUGUAAAUUUAAAAGUUGCAGUAUCCGCUCGAAAACACACUGUGAAUACAAAAGUGCUCUGAUCUAAAACGUAUGAUAUGAAUACUGUGGUGAGAAGAUAAAUGCAUGCUGCAGAUUAGUGUUACCAGCUCAUGAAGCCCAGCAUUAACAGUGUGUUUACAACAUGGUGGAGGACAUUGUUCUGCAGUUACUACAUUACUGGAAUUAUUGUAGAUUAGAAAUUGCUUACAGCUUUUAUGAAUCUAAGAAGAUAAUUGUAGUAUUACCUAUUGUCAGUUUUGACAGCCAAUAAUAGUGCUUAUUAAAUUUAUAAUUAGGUUAGUGAAUAUAGAUUUAUUUACUUUGUAUUGUACUGUAUUGUAUUGUACAGGAAAUUAUACAAUUUUUUAACAGGUCAUUUUUUACUAAUUUUACUUAUUGCAUUUCUGCCAUGUACCUUUUGUCAUUUGAAAGCAUUAAUCAGGAAUUUGGGUACAUGCUUCCUGAUUUUGUCUGUUAAUUUUAAUGGAUGAAAAAUAAUGGACACGCACUCUAUAAUUCAGGACUUGAGUUUCUGUUGAGGAAUAGCCAUAUGAGGUGUGGAGAUUUAUAAAAGAACCCUUGUUUACAAUAAGGCCGACACCUUCACAGCGAUAUUAUAGGAUGUGUAUCAAUUGUAGGAGCUAGACAUUUGAGGCAUAUUUGGUAUUAGAUUAUGAAUAGUAUUCUGACAUUAACUUAACAGUGGUCCUUCAAAGAUCACCAACUUUUUAUUUCCAAAAUAACAUAUUUUAGACCGAGGAAUUUUUACGGAGGAAUUUUUGCUUCUGCAAUUUGAUAUUUAGAAUCGUGAAUUGUUUAAGAUGAAGCGAUGUUUUCUGAAAAUGGGAGGCAUUGAGUCUUAGAUUCCUAUUAGCCCAAUGGUCACACUGUAGAGAUCACCUAUCCUUCAUGCACAUAUCAAAAUACAUGAAUUAUAUUUAAACCUGUACUUACAUUUAUGACAGAAACUCAUCCACUUACAAUAUAUGACCCAAGUCUCAGCCACAUAUGAUUGCUCUUGACAAGUUUCAUUGUUUUGACAGCAAAAGAAUACUGUGCAGUCUCAUUACAAAACCAAGAGAUUAUUUGAGUUUUUAUAGAUAAGGGGAAUUAUGAACCACUGACACUCGCUGAAUGUCUAUGCUGGAAUGACAGAACCAAACAAAUUGAAGGUGUUCUUCUGACAGGAUGGCCUACAGCCGACCUUGUUUCACUGUUUGGACAGCAAUAAAUACCAUGCAGUCUCUUAUUUAUGUUUACCCUUACUAUACAUCAUUUAAAUCAAUACAGUGAUAAUCCAACCUCCUGCCCUCAGUGAUGCUGGAGAAGGGGUUAAGAACACCUCGGUGUUGGGGGGUAAAGGAAAUUACAACAUUUAACAAUUGGUGUAAAGGACUUGCUUCCCCAGAGAGAGCACGCCCAUACUUCACUAUUGCAAAGGCCAAUUUAUAAAUACAUUGUUUUUAUUCAUUUUUAUGAAAAAACGUUUUUUAUAUUAACAUUUAAUACUUAAAAUAACUCAACAUACAACUGUAUAGGGAAAAUCUGUCAUUUUUUACAUCCGUUGAGAAGUUUUUAAAAGUGUAUUUACAGUUUUCUUGACUUUAACAAUUAAGUGCUUUGAUGAUAUGUUCACAGUGACAAUAUUGUCUGCAGGUUAGCCGGAUAAGGUGUAUUUUAACUCCAGUACAGUUUCCCCAAAGUUACCUGUGCUCUGCGCAACUCCGGGGCUAAAUUUGUCACACUGUCCAGCUCCAUUCAUCAUGUGUGAUUUUGUUUUAUAUGUCAGAAUGAACUGAACCACUCUUUUAGUGUCUGACUGAUUUGUCUGUUCGAGUCCUGCCUCUUCUCGAUGCAUGGGCAGAAGUGUGGAUCUCUGAUUUACCUAUGAAAUAGGUAUGAAAUAGAUCCUUGACCAAUGAAAGAAAUGCAUUCCUGGGCAAACAUGUUAUUAAGCAACAUUUUGUAAAUCAAAAAGUCAGAGUGAAAUGCCUCAUGGGCAUCCCAGUGCACUAUUCCCGCACUAUUUAUUACAGCGAAAAAUUUCCUGGUAGAAAAGACACGUGUUCCAAAAUGUAGGAAAAAGUUUGUAAAUUACCUAUUUGUAAUCUGGGAAAUAACCGUGGUGGAAAACAACUCUGAUGCGAAUUAUGACUGUUACCAGAUGAAAAAAAAAUUUUGCUAAUUCAUUUGCCUGUACAUAUUUUGAUUGUGAAAAGUAUAAUGAAUUAAAGUGGAACUAUGCUCCUUCAUUGA